UAUGAUCACAUCCACUGUAAUUGUGAUUAAAAGUAAUUAAUUCGCUAAGUUAUGGUUUACCAGAGGAUGCGAAGGACAGACAAAUGGCUGUUUUGUAAUGCCUCCAUUCAUUGUGCAUCCCUGUGCCAGACUGAUUUAUUUUCUCAAAAUUGUCCCAGACCUCAGAUACAAAGUGAUAAUCAUAUGAGAAAGGGGCCAAUAUGCCACAACCUAUCAGAGAAGUGAGCAGAGAGAAUAUUUAAGGACAAAUAUUUCCUCAGGAUCCAGAUGGAGCACAACACUUCAAAGCAUGAACUGUUCAUUAUUCAUCUCUUAAUCCAGCCCAUGUAACAAUAGUUGGAUCGAAUUACAACAUGUGAAAGAUAGUUUGAAAUAACGGAGCCAGGCCUAAUAAAUCUGGUCAUCCGGACUGUUUUCCUGUGUAAGCAGCAGCAUGUGAGUAUUCGCUCCGUGCAGCUGCAUACAGCUGUUUCUGCAGGCCCCCCCUCAGUUUCAGUGGGGCGGACAAAUGUAUGAGCUCAGGACUCUCACAGACUCGCCGGCGCCAGGACUUCACACACUCACAGGAUAUGUAAAGACUUCAAUAACGAGCCAUUAACCUCUAAUCAUCGGGAUCGAUCGGGCGUUAACAAGGGCCCCCCACACAUGCAAAUGACGCCGAGCGCAGGGCCCCUAUAAAAGCUGCCUGUGGACAGGAGCUGCUCACACACACUCCCUCUCACAUUAGGCGGACUCACAGGUCACUGAGCAGCACUGACAACAUGGUCAAAUACUUUUCCGUGGACUGGCUGGCCCAGAGCCACAGCAACACGGCGCCCACUGAGGAUACCGCGCUGACCUGCAGACCCCACAUCCCCUGCGUGGUGCAGCCGCGUCCCCCGACUUUUGGCAAAGGUUACCUGCAGCCGAAACCCAAACCCUCCAGACCCGUGGAACAUAUGGAGCCAGUGGAUAUCAACAGGCCUCUGCGCUCACCCGACCAUUCAUCAAACUGCUCCUCACCAAUUUCAGAAAUCAGCGGCUACUCGUCUGGGUAUGAGAGCGAAGCAGCUUCUUCAGAGUGUCUCUCCGUGGACGAGGGAAGCGAGGCGGAGAAAGACGGACCCCAGCGCCGGAUGCGCACAAAGUUCAGCCAGGAGCAGAUCAGCAAACUGGAAAAGAUCUUCAACAAGCACAAGUACCUGGACGCUGGAGAGAGAGUGAAGACUGCGCGGAAGCUGAACCUCACAGAAACUCAGGUGAGGACGUGGUUUCAGAACAGGAGGAUGAAGCUGAAGCGGGAGGUGCAGGACUUCCUCGCUCCCCAAGUGUCCCCGGUUAUGUUCCAGUCGCUGCCCCCGGCCCAGUACCACGGCCUGACCGGACAGCGUCCCCGCUACCCCCCUGCCGGCCCGGCCUUCUACCCGCUCCCUCGUCAGAUGGUCCUCCAGCAGCCGAUGCCCCAACACCCCCCUCCUCAUCAUCACCUCAUGAUCCACAAUCCCCAUUUCUACUGAGGACCCGAAAACUACUGAGACCUUUCCCACCUGAAACACUUAGAAUCAAAAAAGAGUGCAAUCCAGAGUUGUUUUUAUUUAAUG